CUCUAACCUACAAAUUGCGUCAGUUGUCAAAAUUAUUUGCAUUGUUUUUAUAAUCAGAACGUAUUAAAGAUUAACUCAAAUUGAUUUGAAACAGAAAAUUAGAGAGAAAAUAUGAAUAAUUGUGAGUGAUUUUUACAUUUCUUCAACGAAGUAUAAAUAACCCUAAUAUAAACAAUGUGGAAAUUUUCACGUAACAACUAUUCAAAUAGUAUCAUCAUAAACACAUACCAAUGGAAAGAUGUGUCUCUAAAAUUUAACAACAAAAUUAAGGGUACUUUUAUAGAAAAAUGGUUCAAUUAUUGGAAACUUCUAGCUAGAGAUUACAAAGAUGUUGGUGUUAACCUCAAAAUGGAAGUCAGACAGAAGCCUCUAAAAGCUGCAACAUAUUUCACGGGGAUAUCAUUUUUAUCGUACUGUGUUACAAGUAAUCCAGAUUUGAGAUCUUUCAAAUCGAAGUAUAUCGAAAGCGCCAAUGAAUUGGCAUUAGUAAAUCCGAGUUUAACCAAUCCAACAUCCGUAACACAUUUAAAAUAUAUUGAAAAGUGUUUUAACGCGAAUCUUAUAAGAUACAUAAAUUUAGGUGUAUUUUCUAUAGUAUGGGUCGAUGAAUUUAGUAAAGACUGUGAUACAUAUGAAUGUAAGUGCUCAUAUUUGCAAGUACCAUACAGACAUUUUGGAACGAGAAUUCUCGAUGUUGGUUUUCUCAACACCUGGUGGGUUAUAUCCAGAAGAAUGUUAGAUUAUGAUGUUAACGAAUAGUUUUUGAAUUGUUGAAUAAAAGUCUUACCUUAAA